AGCGAGGAAUUAAUGGUAUUCCUUUGUCAUUGUAGGAAUAAAUUGAUAUUUGGUUUUAAAUCAGAGGGUGGGGACAGUGGCGAGUCGGAGGAACAUGUUGUGUCAGGAGACGUAAGCAGAGGAUGACACAGUGACAGGCAAACUCAGGGGGGAUGCCUGCACACUGGAGCUAAGCACUGGAUUUCUGGACUGACGUUGAUCAUGUUACAGGAGAUGAGAGAGCAGGAUAACGCAGACGUAGCUGGUUGUGUGUGUGGAGGGGCAGAAUGAGUGCAGCUGCGACAUGGACGUAAAGUACCGCACUGGGACAGAGCUGGCAUUCCCUGGGUGAGACGCUGACACAGUCGGGGGGGGACGUUUGGGUUCCUCUCGUCAAUCCAGUGCCAGUUUAACCAUGAGAGUGGCCCUCUUGGCCUUCAGGCUGAUGUGUUUGGCCUGGUUGUGGCCCAUUACGCAGCUCAAUGGCAGUCACUUUCCAAACAAGAGAAGACACAAGGAGAUGUACAUCGGAGAGAACACUAAGCAAAAGCAUGGAGGACGGGUGAACCUUAAGAUGAAAAAGCUGGACAGCACCAAGUCUCUGCUUAUUAAAUCUGAGCAGCUGCUUAGGAUUGAAGACCAUGACUUUGCAAUGCGGCCAGGCUUUGGAGGUUCAGCUAUUCCUGUUGGCAUUGAUGUCCAGGUGGAGAGCAUUGACAGCAUAUCUGAAGUAAACAUGGACUUCACCAUGACUUUGUACCUGAGGCAUUACUGGCAAGAUGAUCGCCUGGCCUUUGCCUCCAGCAACAACAAGAGUCGUACCUUUGAUUCACGUCUUGUGAAGAAGAUUUGGGUCCCUGAUGUUUUCUUUGUCCACUCUAAACGCUCCUUUAUCCAUGACACAACUAUGGAGAACAUCAUGCUGAGGGUUUAUCCUGAUGGCAACAUCCUCUACAGUGUCAGGGUCACUGUGACGGCCCUUUGUUCAAUGGACUUCAGUAGUUUCCCCCUGGACACACAGAACUGCUCUCUGGAGCUGGAGAGCUAUGCUUACAAUGAGAAUGACCUCAUGCUCUACUGGAAGAACGGGAACGAUUCAUUAAGGACUGACGAGAUCGUGCUCUCUCAGUUUUUUAUUGAAGACUUCCAGCCUUCCUUUGGGCUUGCCUUCUACAGCAGCACUGGUUGGUACAAUCGUCUCUACAUAAACUUCAUUCUCAGGAGGCAUAUAUUCUUCUUCAUGCUUCAGACGUACUUUCCCACCAUGCUGAUGGUGAUGCUGUCCUGGGUGUCUUUCUGGAUUGACAGGAGAGCUGUACCUGCCCGAGUCUCUCUGGGUAUCACCACGGUUCUGACAAUGACUACCAUCAUCACCGGUGUCUCAGCCUCUAUGCCGCAGGUGUCCUACGUCAAAGCUGUGGACAUCUACUUAUGGGCAAGCUUCCUGUUCGUCUUUCUGUCCGUCAUUGAAUAUGCUGCUGUCAACUACUUCACCACAGUGGAGGAGAUGAAAAAGCUCAAAGGGACAAAGAUUCCAGCCUCCUUUAAGAGCACCCAGGCUAUGGCCUUUGAUGGCUGUUUCCAUGACAAUGACAUUGACCAAGAGGUCUCCAGCAGCCCAAACACCGAGAGGAACACCCAGUCACAAGACUCUACUGUGUGUGCACCCACAGAGGGCACCAGGCUACGUCGCAGACAUCCUUUAAGACAAAACCUCAGUUUCAUCAUGAGCAACAGUUAUAUGAUUGACUCUUACUCCAGAGUCAUAUUUCCCCUGGCUUACCUGCUCUUCAACAUCAUUUACUGGAGUUUGUAUGCAUAGUAGGUUAACUAUGCAGAAAUUAUGCUAACUAACUAGCUAAUGAAAAUCUAUUCUGUUUUCACCACAUCUGCUGUUUAGUGUAGUUCAUUUUAUCAAGAGAGUUUAAUCCAGUGUCAGCUGUUUCAUUAAAUGUUUGCUGAUGUUUAUA